GGUUUCUGGGUGUGGAGCUCCGUGUGACGGUGAUCGGAGCAGUUUUUAAACUCCAGCAGCUCCGUUUGUGGACUAAGAUAAUUCCCGUUAACGGAGUCCCAGCUGGAACUGAAGGAGAAGGAGCCGACGGUUCGACGCGUCCAGAUGUUGGAGCGGAGUCGGUGAACGAGCAGCAGUUCAGAUGAAGGUAGAAGGUGUGUGUGAGCUGAUGUGAAUCCAGCAGCAUGGAUCAGUGUGAGGACAGAGAGGAGGGAGUCCUUCCCUCCAAAACCUCCCCGAGGGGAAAACCUGAGAGAGAAGAAGAGAGGAGACCUGGACCUGGACCUGGACCUGGACCUGAACCUGGAUCUGGACCUGGACCUGGACCUGGACCUGGACCUGGACCUGAGCCCAGCUGUGUGUCCUUGAAGAGUGACAAAUCAUAUGAUUUCUUUAUUAAUUUUAAAGAGACCCAAUGUUCUCCCUCAGUGAGGAGAAGAUCUGGACCUGGACUUGAACCUGAACCUGAACCUGAACCUGAACCUGAACCUGAACCUGGACCUGAGCCCAGCUGUGUGUCCUUGAAGAGUGACAGAUCAAAGGAUCUCAUUAUUGAUUUUAAAGAUACCCGACGUUUUCCCUCAGUGAGAGUGGACCAGCAGAUCUCAAAGUCCCCCAGUGGUCCGUCUGUCCAGCAGCAUCAGACCCAGCUGGACUCCAUCUUUCAGCUGCUGGAGGACGACAUCGUCAUGUUUGUGAAGGACGAGCUGAAGAAGAUCCAGAAGGUUCUGAGUCCAGAUUACCCAGAAUCCUCAGAGAGUCUGGAGGAGGAUGAAGAUGAAGAGCAGAAGAGCAUCAGAGAGACAUUCAUGAAGAUCACAGUGAAGUUCUUGAGGAGGAGGAAGCAGGAGAAGCUGGCCGACCUCGUGCAGAGCAAUACCGUCGCUGCCGUUUGUCAAUCCAAACUCAAAGUUCAGCUGCAGAAGAAGCACCAGCAUGUGUCUGAGGGGAUCAUUAAAGCAGGAAAUAAAACCCUUCUGGAGCAGAUCUACACGGAGCUCUACAUCACAGAGGGAGGGACCGGAGAGGUCAACGAUGAACAUGAAGUCAGACAGAUUGAAGCAGCUUCCAGGAAACCAGACGGAGCAGAAACAGCCAUCAGACAGGAAGACAUCUUUAAACCCCCACCUGGAAGAGGAGGACCAAUCAGAACGGUGAUGACGAAGGGAGUGGCCGGCAUCGGGAAAACAGUCCUAACACAGAAGUUCAGUCUGGACUGGGCUGAAGGCAGAACCAACCAGGACAUCCAGUUCCUGCUUCCAUUCACCUUCAGAGAGCUGAAUGUGCUGAGAGAGGAGAAGUUCAGCUUGGUGGAACUAGUUCAUCUGUUCUUCUCAGAAACCAAAGGAAUCUGCAGCUUUGAAGAGGUCCAGGUCGUGUUCAUCUUUGACGGUCUGGAUGAGUGUCGACUUCCUCUGGACUUCCACAACUCUACAAUCCUCAGUGACCCCAGAAGGUCCACUUCAGUGGAUGUGCUUCUGACAAACCUCAUCAGGGGGAACCUGCUUCCUUCUGCUCGUCUCUGGAUCACCACACGACCCGCAGCAGCCAAUCAGAUCCCUCCUGACUGUGUUGACAUGGUGACAGAAGUCAGAGGGUUCACUGACCCACAGAAGGAGGAAUACUUCAGGAAGAGGUUCAGAGAAGAGGAGCAGACCAGCAGGAUCAUCUCCCACAUCAAGACAUCACGGAGCCUCCACAUCAUGUGCCACAUCCCAGUCUUCUGCUGGAUCACUGCUACGGUCCUGGAUAACGUCCUGGAGAACGUCCUGGAAACCAGAGAGGGAGGAGAGCUGCCCAAGACCCUGACUGAGAUGUACAUCCACUUCCUGGUGGUCCAGGCCAAACUGAAGAAGGUCAAGUAUGACGGAGGAGCUGAGACGGAUCCACACUGGAGUCCAGAGAGCAGGAAGAUGGUGGAGUCUCUGGGAAAACUGGCUUUUGAGCAGCUGCAGAAAGGAAACCUGAUCUUCUAUGAACCAGACCUGAGAGAGUGUGGCAUCGAUGUCAGAGAGGCUUCAGUGUACUCAGGAGUGUUCACCCAGAUCUUUAGAGAGGAGAGCGGCCUGUACCAGGACCAGGUCUUCUGCUUCAUCCAUCUGAGUGUCCAGGAGUUUCUGGCUGCUCUUCAUGUCCAUCAGACCUUAAUCAACUCUGGAGUCAACCUGCUGGGAGAUCAACGAACAACUCACCGUUCUUCAACCGGUUUCUAUCCGACAGUUGUGGACAAGGCCUUAGAGAGUCCCAACGGACACCUGGACUUGUUCCUGCGCUUCCUCCUGGGUCUUUCACUGGAGACCAAUCAGAACCUCCUACGAGGUCUGAUGAAACCAAAACAAAGAAGUUCACAGAACAAUCAGGAAACUAUCAAAUACAUCAAGAAGAAGAUCAGUGGGGAUCUGUCUGCAGAGAGAAGCAUCAACCUGUUCCACUGUCUGAAUGAACUGAACGAUCAGUCUCUGGUGGAGGAGGUCCAAGAGUCCCUGAGGUCUGGACCUCUCUCCACAGAUGAACUGUCUCCUGCUCAGUGGUCGGCUCUGGUCUUCAUCUUACUGUCAUCAGAAGAAGAUCUGGAGGUGUUUGACCUGAAGAAGUUCUCAGCUUCAGAGGAGGCUCUACGGAGGCUGCUGCCGGUGGUCAAAGCCUCCAAGAAAGUUCUACUGAGUGGCUGUCACCUCUCAGGGAACAUCUGUCCACUUCUGUCCUCAGUUCUCAGCUCUCAGUCCUCCAGUCUGACAGAACUGGACCUGAGCAACAACGACCUGCAGGAUUCUGGACUGGAGCAGCUGUGUCCUGGACUGGAGAGUCCACACUGUAAACUGGAGUCUCUCAGGCUGUCAGGCUGUCUGAUCUCAGAGGAAGGAAGUUCUUCUCUGGUCUCAGCUCUGACCUCCAACCCCUCCCACCUGAGAGAGCUAGACCUGAGCUACAACCAUCCAGGGGAGUCAGCAGGGAAGCUUCUGUCUAGACUGGAUGAUCCCUGCUGGAGACUGGACACUCUCAGGGUGGAGCCUGCUGGACAACGAUGGCUGACACCAGGUCUGAGGAAGUAUUCCUGUCAACUCACCGUCGACACAAACACAGUCAACAACAAGAUCAAACUGUCUGACAACAACAGGAAGAUGAUGUUAGUGGAGGAGGAUCAGUCAUAUCCUGAUCAUCCAGACAGGUUUGAUGUCUGGUUUCAGCUGCUGUGUAGAGAAGUUCUGACGGGUCGCUGUUACUGGGAGGUCCAGUGGAGCGGAACUGUUAAUGUAUCAGUGAGUUACAGAAGAAUCAGCAGGAAAGGAUGGUCUGGUCACUGUGAGUUUGGAAGGAACGAUCAUUCCUGGAGGCUGGACUGUUUUCCAGGUGGUCUGUACCAUGUCCAUCACAAUGACAGAGGAACAUCCGUCACCUCCUCAUAUUCAUCUCCAGUCUCUGGCAGAGUAGCAGUGUACGUGGACGUUCCUGCUGGAACUCUGUCCUUCUAUGACGUCGUCUCUGACAGACUGAUCCACCUCCACACCUUCAACACCAGCUUCACUGAACCUCUCUGUGCUGGAUUUGGAUUCCAGUUUGGGUUCAGUCCUGGUUCCUCAGUGUCUCUGUGUCCAGUUUAGUCUCCAGAGUCUCCGGUCAGAGAAACUGUCUCUGUUGGAUCCUGGACUUGGACUCUGGUUCUGGUUCCUCAGUGUCUCCAUGAUGAUGAUGAUGAUGAUGGUGAUGAUGAUGAUGAUGAUGAUGAUGAUGAUGAGUCCUGGUCCUGGUCUGAGUCCUGGUCCUGGUCCUGGUCCUGGUCCAGAUCUAAGUCCGGGUCCUGGUCCAGGUCUAAGUCCGGGUCCUGGUCCAGGUCUAAGUCCUGGUCCUGGUCCAGGUCUGAGUCCUGGUCCUGGUCCUGGUCCUGGUCCUGGUUCAGGUCCUGGUCCUGGUCCUGGUCCUGGUCCUGGUCCUGGUCUGAGUCCUGGUCCUGGUCCUGGUCCUGGUCCAGGUCUGAGUCCUGAUCCUGGUCCUGGUCCUGGUCCUGGUCUGGUCCAGGUCUGAGUCCUGGUCCUGGUCCUGGUCCUGGUCCAGGUCCUGGUCCUGGUCCUGGUCUGAGUCCUGGUCCUGGUCCUGGUCCAGGUCUGAGUCCUGGUCCUGGUCCAGGUCUGAGUCCUGGUCCUGGUCCUGGUCCUGGUCCAGGUCCUGGUCCUGGUCCAGGUCUGAGUCCUGGUCCUGGUCCUGGUCCAGGUCUGAGUCCUGGUCCUGGUCCAGCUCGUAGUGCUGGAAGAUUCUGGCUCUUGUUUCGUUUUUUGGUUUAUUCUAUUUUUAUUUCAUCUUUUUCUCAUUUAACAUUAAAUAAUUUACUGGAUUGUUGAUGUUUGAUAAUAAAUUAGGUUUUUAUCUUGUUA